GUUUCACGAGUCUUUUCCUUGCAAAUGAUACGCUGAACAGACGAACAAGAUGAGCUGUUCACUAACAUUUAAGCUUAUGGCAAUAAUUGUCAGCGUUACGUGUGAUAUUUCUAUCGGAGAUGCUAAGAGAAAAACAAGGAGUCAGUUUAGUUCUCAGGAAAGUCAGUAUUUUGACUUCGUUAAGCAGAACCACUCAAUCCUCGUGGAUUAUUUCACGCGUGGCCGCACGAAAGAGAAUGUGUAUGUUGACGGAAACUCGAAAAAGGAAUCAUCCCGGCAUAUGCGUUCGGAUUUGCCUUACAGGUCGCUGUGUCCUUGGACUGUGCGCUGGGAUGAAGACGAAGAACGGGUGCCGCAAUUUAUACCGUAUGCAGAAUGCCAGCAAAAGGACUGCAAUUUCAAAUUCGCAGAGUUAGAUGGUUUUACAUCGUUUGAACUGGAAAUCGAAACAUGUUGCGAACCCGUCACGACCACUAUGUUUUCAAUAAAAGAUGAGAAGUAUAACUUGCUAAAAAAAUGGCCAAUAGCAUGUAUUUGUGCAAAACGUAGGAGUCGUGAGCCGUUGUCUGGUCCAUCUAUCAGUGAUACACAGAGAACACAACAGGAAAUGACGUCACACGUUGAAACAGAUGUCCUCUUUCAGAAGUAUGAAAGUCAAAGUGAAGGAUAUUACAAAGCGGAGAAUCCAAAUAUAUACAUUGGAGUAGAAAAUCCUUCACUAAGCGCUGCACAGCAGGAACGAUUUUUGAGGCAAGAAACACUGAAAAAGCAUCAUUCAGAAUCAUUCGAAGAUGUAAUGAAAAAGCAAAGGAGCAGAAAGUUAAAACAAGAAUAGACCUAAUGAGAACAAUUCAUCACUGACUACCAUAAUUAUUUGAAUACAGUUUUAACUUCUGUUAACGACACAUCAGAAGUGCGAUUAUGUCAAUGCACAGACGAAUGUUACAUGUUUCUCACUGAAUUAACUUCAAUGCAGCAAUAAACAGGUUUUGGUUUACAGCAAGCAAACUGUUCUUCUGCCUCCUUAGCUACUAAGUCUAAAAUUUUGAGAAUCCAAAAUAAAAUUAAUAAUGACAAUUUAGGGGUAGUGAAGUGUGUUGCAAUGUUCAUUACUAUUACUGCCCAUGAACAGUUGAAAUAAAACCGAAUCUGAUUA